AUGGUCUACACCAUAACUGUCCAUCUACGGGCCAAAUCUUCCGACCCCUCCGUCAUCGAAAAACUGAAGAACAAGCUCAUCGAGGCCUCACGGGUAUACUCCAAAGACAAGGAGACUCUCUCCUGGUUCGUCAUGCAAUCCGUCCACGACCCUCGCGAUUUCACCAUUGUGGAACGCUACGAAAGGGAAGCAUCUCAAAAGUAUCAUUUGGAGAAUCCAUACUGGAAGACGUUCGAUCCAUAUGUCAAGCCUUUAUUGGAGGGAGAGAUGGAUCUGCGAAGGUUUGAGGAAUUGGACACGACCCAGAAUGUUGUAGUGGAAUGA